CAAAUAAUUAAUAAAAAAUGUUCUUCUUCUACUAAGUUACAAGUGUUUGAAGUGAUCAGACGUACAGAAACAGUCAUCAGUGUUGUAUGUUGUGUGUGCAGAUCCAGGCUUUGAUGCUGAAUAUAACCUGCAGUGUUUCUCUCUCAAUCUCUUUAAGUUUAGUGUGACUUUAUCUCCACGCUGACAUAUGACUGACACGAGUCUGUCCUCAGUGAAGUGUCUCUUCACGCUGGAGGAGGAGUCCCGCUCAUCAGCGCUCACACUUUAUUGAUAUAUAUGGAGAAAAUAAAAAUGCUGCUUUCUGAUUUGUCACUGAUUGUGUUUGAUGAUUUCCUCUGUUGUGUCUAAUAAGGUAACAGUGAGUGUCAUUGGCAGCUGUGAGAGUCUCUCUCUCUUUAGGGGACUGACAGGAGCCAGUUUCUUCAGUGUGUUUGAGGGAGCAGAAGGAGAAACAGAGUCAAACAAACAGUGUGACGAGCAGAAGAAGAUGGAGGGAUGUCUGACACUCCUUUUACUCUCCUCUAUAGUCACUCUAACAACAUCUGAUUUGGAGACUGUUAGAUUAGUUGGUGGUAACAGUCCCUGCAGUGGUCGAGUGGAGGUUCAUCAUGAUGGUCAGUGGGGAACAGUGUGUUAUAGGAACUGGCGUAUUACUGAAGCAACAGUGGUGUGUAGAGAGAUAGGAUGUGGAGAGGCUCUAGAGGCUGUGCAAAAGGCUCAAUUUGGACAAGGAUCAGGACCAAUCUGGAUGGAUAAUGUGUACUGUAGUGGAUCAGAGUCAACACUGAAGAACUGUGGAUCAAGAGGAUGGGGUGUUAAUAGUGGCUGUGGUCAUCAACAUGAUGCUGGAGUCAGAUGCUCAGGUGAGCUGCUCCAUACAUCACCCUGAUAAUUCAUCACUGAUCUGACUUUCAUCCAUAAACAUCAUAUAUGAAUUUUUAAAUUGUUUUCAGAGCAGUUCAUAAUAAGUUAAUAAAUAUAACAUGUUUGUUCAACACAAUAAAGUGAUCUUAUGUGCUGUGUUCUCUGUCAAAAUCAUCAGAUACCUUCGGAAG